UAUUGUGUUAUGGAGGCAAAACUAAUUUAAAAUAUUUUGUACUUGAGUGCUUAGAUAUUAUAUUGUAGUAAAUGAAAUAAUUAAAUUUUGUACCAUUUAUAAAGGCCCUUAAUAAUAUGGCCACAACAAUAAUUACAAAAUGGAGGAUUUACUAAGAAAAGACAUUUUUAAACAAAGAGACUUAUAUAAGCUGUCUCCAGAUUACGUGUCUUCUGAUACCGUACUGCGAUUGGAAUUGAGGAGAUCUCAGGUCAAAGCCACUACUGGUAAUCACGGCAUAAUGAAGAAUGUUAAUUGGCAUAGCAAAGAAAUACGAAAGUCAAAGGAUAGCACAGUUAAUAAAGAAAUAACAAAAAUACGAAAUGGCUUUAAUUGCACGAAUUUAAAAAAUAAACAAAUGUUAAAAGAUGCGAUGAAAUCGGCACAUACUAUAGGAAAUAGCGUUUACGACUUUAAUAACAGAUUGUUAACAAAAGAUUUCAAUGAAAUAACAGAUACCUGUUACCGAGGAACGUUAGAAGAUAGCGAUAAAUUAAUUGUAUGUAAUGACAUAGAUUUUAAAAUAUGCAGAAACAAGAAAAAAGUUGUUAAAGAAAAUCUAAAAAUAAACAAUUUAAAUAGAACUAAUUCAAAUGAAUACAUAACAAGUACAACUACAAACGAUGAAAUAAAUAGUAUAUUGCGUAUUGAUUGUAUAUAUCCUUCUGAAUCAUUAAAUAGUAUAGAACUCACCGACUGUGACAUGAGUUGCAAUCUGGAUACGAACAGUUCAAAUUCAAAGGAUUGUAACAGAAAAUAUACAGAAAAUAAAGACAUAACAACAACUGAUUUACAAACAACGUUGAUUAUGAUGGCAAUAUCUUCAAAAUCACAUGAUAAUGAAAUAUUUGACAGUUCUCCUAUAAAUAUUACGGAAUCAAUAAGGCAUCAUGAUUUAACCGAUAAUAAUAUACCACAUAACAGAACUUUAAUAAAUACAACUGUAAGUUGCGAAGAAAUCCCAAAAUUUUUGAAUGUAACAGCUCUGAAAGUUGAAAUUAGUAACAAAGAAUUAUCUAUUAUACGGAAAUACAUCACAAAGUGGAAAGAUUACGUUUCCAAUAGAAAAGAGUAUCAGUCUCAACAAAGACUAGAGACAUUGAAUAAUUUUUUUGAUAAACUUUCACGACGAAAGGAAACAAAUAAUUCAUCUGAUUCUACGAAUAAAGCCAAACAGCUAGCACGAGACUACAGUACAUAUCAACAUAGAUAUAAAAUACAAAAACAUAUAAUUGCACUACAAAAAGUAAAACUUGAAGAACAAAACAGAAUAAUAGAGGAACUGAAGUAUAAUAAAAUAGUAGAGGCUUCAAGACAAUCAGUAGACGCUAUGAGGGAAGAAGUACGAAGAACGUAUUAUGAAAUAGAUAGACAGUUAAAGCCUAAGAUAAAAUGUUUGACUAAUGAACUAAAGAUACAUGAAAUUGAAGAACCAUCACUCGUAUUGCAUUGCUUAAAAGUCCCUCAAUUUUUACAAAGAAUGGAAAAAAGGGCUCGAGAAAGGGAGGAAAAACAUGCAAUUAUUAGAGAAAGGCGAAGACAAAUGGAGGAAGAACGCAUUAGACUGAAACAACAAGCAGAGUUGGCGAAAGUAGAAAUGGAUAAGGAAGAAAAAAUGAAACGAAUAAAAGAGCUGAGACUGAAACGCAAAAGAGAAAAAAUUGAUGGAAUAAGAAGAAAACAAUACGCUGAAAAAAUGAGAGCUCUGGCAGUGAUGGCAGAUUUGCAUUAUGAAAAAAAUUUAACAAUAAAAUAUGGCAUCCGUCCUUUCAAAAUAUUGUUAGCUAUAAAAUAUGAUAAUAUUGAGAGGGCGAAAGCGCAUUACGCCUUUCAACUUAAGAAAAAUGUAUUCUUGCACUACAUGUGGCACACUGAGGACAUGUGGUUCGAAAGAAAUUAUAAAGCGGAAGAUUUCUAUAGAAAGAUAAUUCUAAAAAAAGCAUUUAAUAGUUGGAAACUUGCUUAUAAUACGUAUGUCAUUAAGAAACAAGUUGCCGAAGAUUAUUAUGAUUUAUACGUAACGCAGUUAGUGUUUAGGCGAUUUUGUAAAGGAAUAGAAAUCAUUAAGAAAGAGCAUGAAUUGAAAUUACAGAAAGCAAUCGUAUAUCAUAACAGCAACUUAUUGUUCAAGAUAUUUACAUGCUGGAGAACAUUACCGGCUUUGAAUGCUCUUAAGAGAGAACAAGAAGCUAGAAAAGCCAGAUGGAGAGAAAAGGUGCUUUUAGUAGUCCCUGAUUAUAAGCCACCUGAAGAUUAGUUCUAG